CUCUGCCUACCUGCCUGCUCCUGUCAGCACAUCUGACGGUGAAACCCAAGAGUCUGCAGCUGUAACUCUGCCUGCAGAGCCUGGCUGCUGCCCCAGCCCUGUGGCCACCCCUAACUCUCUCCCUAGGAUCACCAAUGCCUCCCACCUUUGAUGCCUGUAACUAGCUUGUGCUGGGAGGCACUGGCUGCAGAGAGGCUUGGUUAAAGGAGGCAGAGAAAAGGUGCAAGGGAGCCCAGAGGAAGGCAAGUUCCUGCUGUCAGAGGACGAGGCGGUGAGGAUGGCCAGCAACUCCAGUGCACUGCCCCGGGUGACUUUCCAGACACCAGAGAAACCUGGGGAGGAAUCAUCACACAGGAAACUAGGCAAGCUGACCAUAAAGUACAACCGCAAAGACCUACAGCGCUGGCUAGACCUGGAGGAAUGGAUCAACGCCCAGCUGCAGGAGCUGUACCAAUGCCGGCUAAGGGAGGAAACGGAGGCAGCAGCUCCUGAACCACAAAUUGAUCUUGAAGAUCUCCUGGAGGUCCCUAAUGAAGAACAGAAAAUGAAACUGCAGGAAAUCCUCCAUGAGUGCUCCAGCCCCACAGAGGACUUCAUCACGGAAUUGCUUAGUCGAUUGAGAGGUCUCCGAAGAGUCACCAAUCCUCAGAAGAAAUGACCUUGCUCACAUGGAAAACCCAGCUUUGGUUACAAGGAAACAUGUAUCUUCCUGACAAAAAAACCAGGAUCAGCAACAGAACUUCUGAGUAUGUUUAGGACUUAUUAUUAUUAUUGAGAAACAUCACCGAGUUUGUGAACUUUGUACCAGUGGUUUGAAGUCUCCACUCCUUCCAGAUCUACACACACAGCAGGGAGCUAGAUUGUACAUUUUCCUGAUUCUUAAAGAGUGUGUUAACCUGAGGAACAGGACAAGAUGUCCCUCCUUUAGAUUCUUCUAGGAAUUUCCAUGCUGGCCAAGGAGCACUGAAUACAAUUUUCAGGAGCUCAUCAAGACUUCUUUUUUUUCGUCCACUGCAAGGAAAACAAGGCAUUGGUUAUCAGUCAUUCAUCAACAUGGAAAAUCAGCCACUGUUAAGCUGCACCUCAUUUCAGUCUGGCUUAAACCCAACUGUGAUCUCCUGCCUGUUACUGCUGUACCUGACUCUACAGCAUUGCACAUACUUUGUAAGUCUUACUAAGCCUCUCUUAUUUAUAAAGGUUGGACAGAAAAUACAUGAUAGUUUGGGUGCACCUGAUCUGCUUAAAAGGAAGUUUGUGAAACAGCUGCUACAGCUAAUGGCUAUUUUUUUUCCAUUUUGUGGAAUUUAAGACUUAAAACUUAGAAGCCUUUUCUAAAGGAACAAGGUCUGGGAACAAUUUUUCUCCUAGUUUAAAAAGAUGCUGGAAAAAUACUUAUUUUAUAUUAAAACAGAGAAAACCAGCCAUGCACUGCUUGAUUUUGCUCUCUCUUUAGAUUCUAAAGAAAAACUGAAGUAAAAAAAUACCUGCUCCCAACUUCCCUUCAGGAAGCAUCUUGGAGUGAGUCUUUUGCAGACAGGUAGGUCUCACAAAUGAGCAGGGAAGUAGGACACAGUACCUUGCUGCACAAACUCUUCUGGCUACAACUAGUAUUUGCCUGGAAAAAUACAGAGGAAACUACAUCCAGCCUCUCAGCAAGUCAGUAACUUGACACAUGGACUAGGAAAUAAGACAGCAAAUGGAGGCUGAUUGCUUAGGCAGAGCACUCUCACAUGAUGCCCUGUCCCUACGUUGAUACCUGCCACGCAAACACAAGAGAUGAGUCUGAGUCGCAUCCAGAGGAGCUCCUACAGAGCAGAACAUUCAAGGCCAGCUUUUGAGUACACCUUUUGUCUGUUUGGUGAGCCAGGCAGAAGGGAGCAACUAUGGAACAUGCAGGUUAGCUAACAAAGACAAGGAUUCUUGGGCUGAAGCAGUAAUAUCUUAAAUGCAUUAGCCUUUCCAUCUUUAUCAGUAGCAAAGUGAUGACUAUUAUCAUCUUGUUCUUCCCUCCUAUUUUCCAGCUGUCAGUGAGCAAACUGUAAGUUGUAUCCUCUAAGAAGACAAAAUCCAAGCUACAGUAACAACUGUGAUGUAAGGGCCUGUUUCCUUUUACAUGCUUUUCUUGUAUCUGACUGGAAGUUGGCAAGCCAGGGAACACGUCUUGUUCUAAGGCUGCUCCAAGGUGUUCUAAGCCUCACCCACUAGGCUGGAGAAAUGGUCUUUCUUUAUCAGGUCCAAUAUAUGUCUUUGGUAGCCCUGGGAAUAUGCCAAUUUUGGCUUAAUAAGGGGCUAGUGGGACAUGCUUACCCUCAGGAAAUCUCAAUCAGUAAAAUAACAAAAACUUAAAUCCAGACCUGCAAUGGUUGCAGAUAUGGCUUAUGGAUGACACCUGCUAAGACUCAUGUAACACACCCCUGGAGAAAGGAGUGCAGCAUUUUUUGACAAAAAGCCCUGAGCACUGGUAAAAAAAGACUAGGAUCAAACAGAAGUUCAGAUGGAAGAGCUAGGCGGACAGGACUAAACUAGAGAUGCAAUUAGCUACAGCACAGCAGUAUAGGAGUUCAGAUCACUUAUAUACCCCACUAACAGGCUUUGUUUUAUUCUGCUGAGCUGCAACAGCACAAAGACAUGACAUGCCUCUCUUCCAGCCCAAGAGAAAUAGUUUCUUCCCCCUGGGAACUCUUCUGUAUUUCCUCAAUACGGAGUGAGCCAAAAAAGAAUUUUUGUCUGUGCUUUAAGGUAGACAUUGUUAGAAUCAAAGAGAAAGCAGAUUCUGAAAACUCUGCUUGACCAAAGUUGUCUUUAUGUUCAUUCUGCAAGUAGCAGCAAAGGAGUAAGCUGCAGAGCGUAUCAUGUGCAGUUGCUUCUGAUACAUAAUGAUACCUGAGAGCACUUCAACUGAGCACACUGAGAUCAGGGGAGCAAGGCAACAUGUGGCCAGUGGUAGAUGGUUUCUCAGCUCACUGGUGCAAAAGAAAAAGCAAUGUAAUGAAAUCAGAGUAACUUCUUUUUUGUUUCAUUCUUAAACAGUAGUAAAUGACACUUGGUUUGAUUUAUGUUUUGGCUGUUCUCACACCAGACCACAAGGAUAGAUUAAAAUCAAUGCUUGAAAAAUUUUUGUUACAAACAUCUUCAAGUUAAUUUUGCUGUUUCUCAGCACCACCACUAGCAUAAGUAUGUAGAUACUAUCUAAGAAUGUUGCUUGAAAGGAACUUUGCCCUCUAGAUUAUACCAGGAUAAUCCAAUGUAUGAAAGUUCAUGAACUUUUCUAAUUUGAAUUCUUGUUGGAGUGGAGCCCACAUUUAAUAAUUCACAUACAAAACAUUUUGAGAGGGAUAGAAAAUCCCUAAUGACUUGGUACAAAGAUAAGAGCAAACAAGUUGAAUCUCUUUCUGGAAGAUGCCAAGCUGUCUUCGGUCCUUCAACAACUAUGACUGAAGUUGAUCUGGCCUGUCAGGAACAGACUGAUUACCAAGAUCUUUGUUUACCAGCACCUUUUCAAACACAAGGAUAGGGAGUAAGUAACACAGCUAACAUUGCACUGCCCACUUAAAGGUCAUGUCACAUUCCUCUUUCACAACACAGAUUCAGGUAGGUGUGCUUCCUGCAGACAGCCCAUCUGGAUACCCCUCUGCCCUUCCUACAUGGAGUUCACUGAGGCAACAGCUACAGUGGGAAUGGCUUUUUGGGGGAAAGUGAUUGGGCUGCUACUAAAACGCCCCAUUACAUGCAGAAAGUGCAGCAGCCACAAAAAUGUCCAUUAGUGGAGCAGGGAAAGCAGCAGCUUGUGUCUGUAUGACUUGAAGAGAGUCUUCCAUGUAUGACUAAGUUCUAUUUCAGGUAAUGGGUUGGGUGCAUUUCUGGAUUCCUUGGGGUGGCCCUACAGAAACCAAUUUUGGAAUCUAAAUAAACUGCUUCCGGCUGCAACCUGGUCCAUUACUACUGACGUGAAGAGGGCAGGGCUUACAAGACAGAGGCUGCCUAACUGCAAGGGAGCUCAAAGUUUUGUUGUGGCUGAUGAAGCAUUCAAAAUGUUGCAAGUUUCAUACCAGCUCAUACUAAGAUAUUGAAAAAAACAGCAGUUGUAAAUCAAGAAACAAAAUUACUGCUAACUGCUUGGGGAUGACACAGGCUGAAGCCAAAAGCAGUGGAUCAAUUUAGGAGAGAAAUAACAGAUAGUUGCACCUUUCCCUGUAUACGUAAAACAUGAAGGCUUUAACCUCAGAUAGAACUGGGCUAUCUUACUAGCAGACUAAUUAUCCAUGUCAAAUAGCAAUGAAAAAGUGUCACUCCUAUGACAACAUAAAUAAAGAACAGCAUUUUGUUUUGAUUUUUAAGACUGCAAGCUCCUCAGGGCUUACUUAAAUAACUUAUUUAAAUUUUGUGUGUCACAGGGUUAAUUGUGAGCUCUUGCAUCAGAAUAACUCAAGUAGUUUUCCCAUCUACCUGUCCCAAGGAGACAGGCACUGGUGAAGCAAGGGCUGCCAGGAGAAGGAAGAUCCUCCACAGAAGUCGGGUUUUGCCACCCCUUCCUAAGAAAAGGUUUUGAUGGCACUGUUGGAUAUGCUUGCCAUUUUUAGUGUUACUAUUAUUAAGUAUUACUAUUCUACAUUGUUUGAAUCAGGUUUUUGUUGAAGAGUCUGAUCCAGAGCAACACAUUAGCAGAAACCCACCUUCCACAGUGGUUUAAUUCAUUUGCUGUCCUCUGACCAGAGGUGUAGGUAAACACUGUUUCAUCACUUCACCUCGGAGGCACUGACCUUAAGCACAGGGGCAAGGCAGACAGCUGGGAGUGGCAGCGUCAAACCAGACAGGCAAGAUUAAUUGGAAAUUCCCUGUCAAGGGCAAAUCCUUUAUGUUUUUGCAUUUGGAAUUCAUCAGCCUUAGAGAGCUCUCUCAGAAGUCACAUUAUUUGGAAAGAGCUCAUCCUGAUAGAAUAAUAGAGCAUGUUUACAGCAAAUAUAUUUAGGUAUUUGAAGCAAUUCUGGGUGUUCUGGGCACUGGCAAGUGCCACUUGCACCUUCUUGUCUCCAAGAAGGGAUAUGGACAUAUGCAACUGAGCUUCUUUCCUAACCCAAUGAAGAGCAUCACACAGGUACCAUUUUUAUCAUACCAGGCAACCAAAUAAUAAACAAAGUCAAAUCCUGCUUUCAGACUUACACACAACUCUUCAGACUAACAUGCAGCUCUUACAGAUGACAUGACCUUGGCAUAGCCACUGCAGGCCACAACACUGUGUCAGUAGCAGAUUACCUUUUCAAAGGAUCCUUCCUUUCAUGUCAGUGAGCAACACUGCCCUGCAUCUUUACCAGAC